UCUUUUGAUGCUGCCAAAUCUUAACCUGGGCCCCAGGUGCUGGCGGACUCCAGCGGAGCUGCCUCUCCUCUACAGUGUUCUCUGAAAGCUGCGGCUAGAGAGCCGGUCCACGCGUGUGGAUCCUCUUCCUCCCUCCAAGCUACGUACCUGGCCUGAGCUUUAAGACCGGUGUGCAGGAGGAGCCCUCCUCUCAGGGACGGGUGCAGGCUGGGUUGCCUCUGCUCGCUGUCGCUUCCGCGCCUGCCUCACUGCCAUCCUACCAGUACUAUGGAGGAAUUCUCCCAUUGCCCUCCCGCUCAGGGCGACUUUGACUCCGGAAUUUCUGGCCUGGCGCCUUUCGGGUGAGCUCAGAAAGAAACCGGUCUCCCUGCCGGUUCCAGAUUACCCAAGAAGAGAAGAUCCCCUUGUCCCGGAGCUGCAAAUCGAUUUCUCCAUCGGCGUCUUCCUCCUCCUCUCAUUCCUAGCUUCUGGAUUUGUUUAUAAAGCAUCUGGUAGCCCAGAGGCAGUGGCCACCUCUACCCGGCGGCUCGCUCUCCCCUCCCAGCCUCUAGGCUCCUGCACGUGGUAGACACCAGUAUAGUCGCCAACAGGCAGGCGACAGCCAGCAGGAGACGGACUCCUGGGUGCCAGCGCCACGCGCGUUCUCGUCAUCCUCACUCACCCUCCCCGCGCUCUCUCCCACUUGCCUGUAAAGCCCGGUCACACUUGGCGUUCGCAGCCAGCCAUCCGUUCAAGAGGAGAUCGGAAAUACUGCCCUGGGUGUGCUGGUGAUGCUUUGCUGGGUUCGUUCAGUUGCUGAAAAAGAAUGGUAACAUGAACGGUGCAGCGUGAGAGCGUCGGCGGCGGAGGAAGAGGUCGGGGUUGAUGGGCAGAGAGUACACUUCCCUGAGGCUCCGGUUCCCAGGACUGCUCAAGGAAGGGACGUCUUUGCGCCUGCACUUCCUGGCUGAACUGCGCUGACAUCUGUAGCCUCCUUUCUGCCAGGUUCCCAGGCCGCCUACAUGCUGCUUGCAGAGGAGUGGUCUGACAGCGCGUGAAGAUCCUGGAGUUUGUGAACCCCUAUCCAAACGUACUCUGACCUGGUUCUAGUGUGCCUGGAUCCUGCCUGACAAGCUGGCUCCAGAGGGAGUUGAACUUGAGUUCAGGUGGGUUAUCCCAAGGCAAGCAAAGGAAAAGCUGUUCAGGGAAGAUAAGGAAGGUGAUGUUCCAAUGUCAAAAGCGGACACUUUACUUACAGACACUUGACUGGACCAAGCCACUCCCUCCCAUUCAGUUCUUGCUUUUAAUAUCCGACUCUACAUCCCGGACCUCCCACACGAAGGGCGGAGGGAUGGUGGGCGAACCAGCGACAGAAAAACACCUCCUAUUUACUGACAUAUCUAGCAUGCUCUUGACUUCCUCAUAACUUACCAUUAUCCUAUGAAACGAUCGUAUUUACUCCACUGUUUUAUAUUAAUGGAGGUCAAUAGACUUAAUGAUUUCUUCAGUUGAGUCAUUUAUUUCUAAGCCAAUAGAUAAUGCAGUCGUCAUAGUUUUCUGGGGGAAAGUAACUGUGCGCGUUUGUUCUGCAGAUGGUCAACUCCCUCUGAACCCUGCAGAUUGGUGCUGAGCAGGCAACAAAAGUUUUUAGCUUCCCCUCAGUUUCUGGUGCUUCCCAGGAGGGAGGAAAGGACUUUGGCAUUACAGACAAGAAGCGGUCAGGGAGACUUCUGUAACUUUCCAGCACUGUUAACCGUUUGCAAUGAAGAGGAAACAGAAGAGAUUUCUGCAAAUGACUUUGUUGUUCACUGCGGCUUUAAUUUUCCUGCCCAAUAUUGGUCUCUGGUCUUUGUAUAAGGAUAAACACCUGGUGAAAUCGGCAGACCCUGCGGAGCAUCAGACAUUUCCACUGGGCCUGGGAGAUGGGCAAUUCUAUUCCUGGACAGAUGGUCUGAGAAGAAAAGACUGGCAUGACUAUGAAAGCAUUCAAAAAGAGGCUUUGCGCUCAGGGAAAGGUGAGCAUGGAAAACCAUACCCCCUUACAGAGGAGCACCAUGAUGAUUCUGCUUACAGGGAAAACGGCUUCAAUAUUUUUGUCAGCAACAAGAUUGCUCUAGAGAGGUCUCUGCCAGACAUCCGCCAUGCUAACUGUAAGCACAAGAUGUAUCUUGAAAAGCUGCCAAACACCAGCAUCAUUAUCCCAUUUCACAAUGAAGGUUGGACCUCACUCUUACGGACUGUACACAGCAUAAUUAACCGAACCCCACAGAGUCUGAUCGCAGAAAUCAUUCUAGUCGAUGACUUCAGCGAUAGAGAACACUUGAAGGAUAAGUUAGAAGAUUACAUGGCUCGAUUUUCCAAAGUGAGAAUUGUUCGCACCAAGAAAAGGGAAGGACUCAUCCGGACCCGGCUCCUGGGAGCUUCUGUGGCCAAAGGCGAGGUGCUGACCUUCCUGGACUCCCACUGUGAGGUCAAUGUGAACUGGCUGCCCCCGCUCCUCAACCAAAUUGCACUAAACCACAAAACCAUCGUGUGCCCCAUGAUCGAUGUCAUUGACCACAAUCACUUUGGCUACGAGGCGCAAGCUGGGGAUGCCAUGCGAGGAGCCUUCGACUGGGAAAUGUACUACAAAAGAAUUCCCAUCCCUCCCGAGCUCCAGAGGGCUGACCCCAGUGACCCCUUCGAGUCUCCUGUUAUGGCUGGAGGUCUCUUUUCAGUGGAUCGAAAGUGGUUUUGGGAACUGGGUGGCUAUGACCCAGGCUUAGAGAUCUGGGGAGGAGAACAGUAUGAAAUCUCCUUUAAGGUUUGGAUGUGUGGAGGAGAAAUGUUUGACGUCCCGUGUUCUAGAGUUGGUCAUAUCUACAGGAAGUACGUCCCUUACAAAGUUCCUUCUGGGACCAGCUUGGCAAGAAACCUGAAGCGUGUGGCCGAGACCUGGAUGGAUGAAUUCGCCGAGUACAUUUACCAGCGACGGCCAGAGUACAGGCACCUCUCCACCGGGGACAUCUCUGCCCAGAAGGAGUUGCGAAAACGGCUCAAGUGCAAGGACUUCAAGUGGUUCAUGGCUGCAGUGGCCUGGGACGUGCCUAAGUACUACCCUCCGGUAGAGCCCCUGCCUGCCGCGUGGGGGGAGAUUCGAAACGUGGCGGCAAACCUCUGUGUGGAUAGCAAGCACGGAGCCACAGGGACCGAGCUGAGGCUGGACAUCUGUGUCAAGGAUGGUUCCGAGAGGACAUGGUCUCAUGAACAGCUCUUUACUUUCGGGUGGAGAGAAGAUAUUAGACCCGGUGAGCCUCUGCACACCCGGAAAUUCUGCUUUGAUGCAAUCUCACACAGCAGCCCUGUCACCCUCUACGACUGCCAUGGCAUGAAAGGGAACCAGCUCUGGGGAUACCGGGAGGACAGAACAUUAUUUCAUUCUGUGAGCAACAGCUGUAUGGACUGCAACCCCGCAGAGAAGAAGAUUUUCAUGGCCAGAUGUGACCCUCUGUCUGAGACUCAGCAAUGGAUUUUUGAACAUAUCAACAUGACUAUUUUAGAAAAAAAUAGCCACCAUGACAGCUCCUAGAAAGGAAAGAAGAGUGAUUACCUACAGAUUGAGAACUGUGUUGUCGCAGGUGUCUGGGUCAAAGGAGUCAGGAAUAACAUUUCCUAGAUCCAGGGAGCCUGCUUGAAAGAUGUGGAAAUGCCACAUGGACGUAGGCUAUCCAGGAGAAGUUCCUACACGUGAAGGACUUGGCUGAGGACCUCACCAGCUGCUUCUGAGAACCGAGACUAGCAGUCCCCUUGCUGGCCAAGGGUAAAGAUUAUUUAGGGACUUUCACCACAACUGCUGAGUUAAUCAAUCCUAGCCUUUCUCAGGUCAAAUCCUGCAGUAGUGAGUAGCUAUGAAUGGAUCCUAUAAAUUGGGUGGGAGGGGGGUGGAGGCAGAGCGCAUGACUGCUCUGGAAACCUGAGGCGACCACAGCUCUAGAACUAGCCACGCUUAAGGGGUGAGCUCUACUCUUCGGUGCCAUUCUCUGAGAAUGGGUUAAGCAGGUUUAACCCUUUAAAGUGCUGCAGAUGAUUUCAGAGUGCUCAUACCAUUGUUCUAUUUUCUUUUGUCUUCUCUUUAAACAAGGAUACAUGGUAUCUAAGACUUACAUUACAUGCUCUCAUUUACAUUUGCCAUUCUCUUUUCAGGGCCUAUAUUAUCUGUCAUGGUUCAUAAGAGUUUGUUUUCCACUGAUCAGCUGAAGUUCUAAUUCAGUGUCCUUGGAUGAAUCCAAUUAAAAACAAAAAACAAACAAACAAACAAAAAUUUUAUGCUACACAGUUACUCCAAAGAAAGAUCUCACAGAAGCAACAAAAUAACACACACAAACAUACACACAGGAGUCAGGAAAGAAAUUUCCCUAGGAAAUCUAUUUUUACCUUUCUAUUAUUUUAAAAUAAAAAAAAUCUGCUGUUUGUCCAGUCCUAAUUUUUAUUAAAGAAGGCAAUGGAGUGGGGUCCAUGUAAUUGUUUAGUCUUUCUUAAAUAAACCUUCACUCCAAGUUAUGUGGAAAGAGCCUCAUUCACUUCAAUUCUGUUUAAUCUGGGAAUGUUAAAAGUGCUGUUAUGUAAUUAUUAGUUUUGAAGCCCACCCCCAUUGUUGAAAAUAAUGAUGUUGUUGUUUUAUUUGGAAGCCCAUAAAAAGAAAUUACCGUUAAUAAAGCAUUUCUGAUACCAUUAUCUGUUAGUGGGCAGUAUUUCAGGAGUAUGAAAAAAGGAAGUAACUCCAAAACUAACUACUCUGGAUAUUUAAUCUUUAAAAUAAUUUUUCACUUUUCAGUACUGAUAGAGUGGAGAAAAAUGUGUAGGCCUGAAAAUGGGUCUUGAGCCGGGGGAAAUCACCUAUGUUAUACAUUCUCUAUUUGUUUUGGGUACGUUGCUUUUACGAUUUUUUAAUAUAGUUUAUAUAUACACCAAUAUGAUCUAUACGUUCUAGACAUAGACUGAAGUUGAGGACAGAAAGAUUCAGAAGAGUCAGUUUGUUUGGUUGUCAUUUGUUUAUUUUUGUCUUGCUUGGUUUUGUUUUCUAAGAUAAAUAACAAAAGCCCAGAGAUGCCAGCUCCUGCCGAGGCUUUUCAUCUGGACUUUUCAGUCACUGCUAAAGAAUCCUGUAUUUCCCUCAAGAUGUCCAAACAUUCUAAAGCCUGAUAUAUGCCUCCUCUUCUUGAAGACGUGCACAAGUUUUUGUUUUUGUUUUUGGUUUUUUUUUUUUUUUUUUUUUUUUUUUUUCUGUUCUCUAAGCCCAAUCACAAUAUGCAGUUAAACUUCCUUGCUAAGAAUCAGGGAAGUGUUACUUCGGCAUCUGUACUGGUUUUCUUUUCUUUUCUUUCUUUUUUUUUUUUUUUUUUUUUUUUUUGGCAAGCAUUUUUUUUUGGAAAGCUGUUCUUUUCAAACUGACUGUCACCGAGCGAGAUCUUUUGUAUAGGUCAAGUGAUCUGGAAACAGUCAAGAUGCACAGUGGAGAAAAUCAAUAGUGAGAAAUUAACCUGUGUGUUGAAUAUUUCUAAGGAGUGAGGGAAGAUUUAUCUCAAAUGUUCAGAGAGCAAUCUAGCUGGAGAACUAGAUGAGCCUAUAAAAAUUCACAUUAUGUCAUUAAGCAGUUGAUUGCUAUUUACAAUUGUACCAAAGAGACAACCUUGGGUUGUGCACCCUGGAAAGCCCAGACAUGUAAUAAUCUCUUAGGAUGCUGUAGUCGUGGAUGCCUAGCCAGGCCCUAGCUUAAGUAUUGCAGGAUUUUAGUGGAAUACACAAUGAUCAAUCAAGAUUGGUCUCUUACUCUCUGAAUAAAAAAUUAUCUUCACAAA